GCAAAUCAGAUUAUAAGAUAGAUAAUUGACAUGAACACUCCAAUACAAUUGUUUUGUGUGUGUGAGGUUUAGAUUUGAUUUGAUGGGUGGGGAUAAAAUCGCAAUAUCUUCUUCCCCUCUCGAAAUUCCUUCUCUCUUCUUCUUCCUUCCAUGGCUUCCUUCCCUUCUGUUUCUCUCACUGCUGCUCUCAAUCUCGAACCCCAUCCAAGAAAACGGCAUUCCACCAGCUGUCCCCUCAACGAUAAGGAUAAGAGUGUGGGGUUUCAGAAAAAUCAUUCACUAAUCCAAUUGAAUGUUGUUGAUGCGGAGGAGCCGAAAUUGGGUACGAGAAUCGAAUCUUCUUACUAUUUUCCAUUGUUGCAAGAAUGUAUAGAUAGGAACUUAGCUACGGAAGCAAGAAUGAUCCAUGGACAUAUCGUAAAAACUGGAUUUCACGAAGACUUAUUUGUAAUGACUUUUCUUGUUAAUGUUUAUUCCAAAUGCGGAGUCAUGGAAAGUGCUCACAAGGUGUUUGAUAAUUUGCCUAGAAGAAACGUCAUUGCGUGGACAACUCUACUGACUGGUUAUGUUCAGAAUUCACACCCUCUCCUUGCUCUUCAAUUAUUCAUACAAAUGUUGGAAGCUGGAGCGUAUCCUAGUAAUUACACGCUCGGAAUCGUGUUGAAUGCUUGUUCUUCCUUGCAAUCUAUCGAAUUCGGGAAGCAGGUUCAUGCAUAUAUUAUCAAAUACCAUAUAGAUUUUGAUACUAGUAUUGGCAACUCUCUUUCUAGUUUCUACUCCAAGUUCAGAAGCUUAGAAUUUGCCAUAAGAGCCUUCCAGAAAAUCAAGGAGAAGGAUGUCAUUUCAUGGACUUCAGCUAUAUCUUCUUGUUGUGAUAAUGGUCAAGCAGCUCGGAGUUUAAGUUUCUUCAUCGACAUGCUCUUGGAUGGUGUGGAACCAAACGAGUACACUUUAGCAAGUGUUUUGAGCGCUUGUUGUGUAAAGCUGACAUUGGAUUUAGGAGCACAGAUUCAUUCACUAAGCAUUAAGCUUGGUUAUGGUUCAAGCAUACUGAUAAAAAAUUCUAUCAUGUAUUUGUACUUGAAAUGUGGAUGGCUUAUUGAGGCUCAGAAAUUGUUUGAAGGUAUGGAGACUCUCAAUUUGAUUACAUGGAAUGCAAUGAUUGCAGGCCAUGCUAAAAUGAUGGAUCUUGCUGAAGAUGAUAUUGCAGCUCACAAGAGUGGAUCUACAGCACUUGCUAUGUUCCAGAAAUUAUAUCGCUCGGGAAUGAAACCCGAUCUGUUCACAUUCUCAAGUGUUUUGAGUGUUUGUAGUAAUCUAGUAGCCUUAGAACAAGGGGAACAGAUUCAUGGUCAGAUCAUCAAAAGUGGUGUAUUGGCAGAUGUUGUGGUGGGAACUGCACUGGUGAGUAUGUAUAACAAAUGUGGAAGUAUUGACAAGGCGAGUAAAGCUUUUUUGGAGAUGCCUUCGAGAACAAUGAUAUCAUGGACUUCGAUGAUUACAGGAUUUGCACGACACGGUUUGUCUCAACAAGCACUUCAACUCUUUGAAGACAUGAGAUUGGUAGGAAUUAAACCAAACCAAGUCACUUUUGUAGGAGUUCUAUCAGCUUGUAGCCAUGCUGGUUUGGCUGAUGAAGCACUCUAUUACUUUGAAUUAAUGCAAAAGCAAUACAACAUUAAGCCUGUAAUGGACCAUUUUGCAUGCCUGAUUGAUAUGUAUUUGAGGUUGGGUCGGGUUGAAGAAGCUUUCGAUGUAGUCCAGAAGAUGAAUUUUGAGCCUAAUGAAACAAUCUGGUCCAUGUUAAUAGCUGGAUGUCGAAGUCAUGGGAAAUCCGAUUUAGGGUUUUACGCUGCCGAGCAGUUACUCAAACUCAAACCGAAAGACGUCGAGACAUAUGUCUCCCUGCUAAACAUGCACGUCUCUGCUGGGAGAUGGAAGGAAGUUUCCAAAGUGAGGAAAUUAAUGAAAGAGGAGAAGGUUGGGAAGUUGAAAGAUUGGAGCUGGAUUAGCAUCAAAGAAAAAGUUUAUUCAUUUAAACCCAAUGACAAGUCUCAUUGUCAAAGUGCAGAGAUGUACAAUUUGUUGGAGACUGUAUUCAAUGAGGUAAAAGCUCUCGGUUACGAGCCAGUUGAAGAUGUGGAAUUAAUUGAAAAAGAGGAAGACGAGGGAAAAGUAUUAUCCCCUACCAUUCAUCAUAGCGAAAAGUUAGCCAUUGCUUUCGGUUUGUUAAACCUGCCAACUGCCACCCCAAUUCGGGUUGUAAAGAGCAUCACCAUGUGUAGGGAUUGCCACAAAUUUAUCAGAUUCGUUUCUUUAUUGAAAGGAAGGGAAGUUGUCAUCCGAGAUAGUAAGCAGCUUCACAAGUUUUUGAACGGAUACUGUUCUUGUGGAGGAUAUGGAGAUUAUCUUUAAUGUGGUCGGUGAGAUACAAUCUUAAAUUCUUUACAAAACCUAAUAACAUUCAACUCUCAAAAUAAAUAAUUUAUGUAAGUAAGAUCAAGAGAAUAACCAGAUGAUAUUGAGCUUAAGACAAAAACCGAGACAAUUUGAUGUCAACGCCAUAGUUUCUUCUCUAUUUACCGAAAGAAUGGCAAGGCAUCGAUCUGCAAAUUUGCAAAGUAAAAAAUAGAUGACGUGAUGUACAAAUUUGCAAAGAUUUUAAUACAAAUACUCUUAUACAAAUAA